GACAAACCUUUGGGUUCUUUGUGUCCCUGCUCUUCCAGAAGACCCGGGCAGGAGGACAGCUGAAGGCAUACUGCCUGGGCCCCAGACCAAGUUGGGGAAACUCAGAAAGACAGGGGAUUACGUGCUCCCUGCAGAAGGAAGGAAAAUAGAAAAGAAAAAGAAAAUGAAGAUUCCCAUGAUCACUGCUUUUCUUUUUCUCUAUGCAGGUAGGUUACAUAGAGUCAUUUGCAAAAAGAACUCAUGGCUGGGGACACACUUUGCUUUAAGACCUAAGAGAGGAAAAUAAAUGAGUUGACUUUCUUCCCCAUUUUCCCCAAUCUAGCGUACAUUUUUUUUUCCCAAAAACAUCAUAGACUAUUUUGUAUUAUAAUCUCUUUUUUCACUUAGCAUUCAACAACCGUCUUUCCAUAUUCAUAUAUUUCUGCAAUGGCACUUUGAACCACUGCUUAGCAACCUAUUAAUAAAGUGCUAAUAAUAACAGCUAACUCUUACUGAACAUUUACUGUGUGCCAGGCACUGCACUAUGCUCUUUAUUAGCAAUCUUCUUAAAACCUUCCCAACACCCGGGAGGCAGACUGUGUCCGUCCCCGCCGGCCGGGAGACUGUGGUUCGAGCCUCUCUCCCCCAUCCCCCACCCCGGUUUGGACACUCGGCGUGUGCACACCUGUUAGGUUCCUUUAUCAGCAUAAAUUCCUGGAAUUGUUGGGUCCAGCGUGUGCGGGAAGUUUGGGAUGACACGUCGCAAGGGGAAGGAAGAUUAUAUGGGGACUUUCUGGGGCCCUGGGAUCCCCUCCCUCUCCGGGUGCCCGCUGGGGCCUAGCUGAUCCCCACCCCCCAUCACCUCGGUUCACCCCUUCCCGCCCCGCCCCGCCCCCGCCGCGCCGCUGGACCUUGCCCGGGACCUGGCGAUCCCCGAGCUCGAAUCCCCGCCGGGCUGCCGGGCCCCACCCCUCUCCCCGGCCGGGAGCGGGGUAGGCAGCUGCCCAGGGACUGGCCGACAGACCGACCGACCGACGGCCCGACGGACGACGCCCGAUGGCCGCUCCUGGGGAGCCCUGCGCAGGCCCCGGGGUCUGGAACCAGACGGAGCCCGAGCCUGCGGCUGCCCACCUGCUGAACCUGUGCUUCCUGAAAACGGCAGGGGUCUGGGUGCCCCCCCUGUACCUCUGGGUCCUGGGCCCCAUCCACCUCCUCUACAUCCACCGCCAUGGCAAGGGCUACCUCCGGAUGUCCCCCCUCUUCAAGGCCAAAAUGGUGCUUGGCUUUGCCCUCAUAAUCCUCUGCACCUCCAGCGUGUCUGUGACUCUCUGGAGAAUCCAGCGGGGAACGCCCCAGGCCCCGGAAUUCCUCAUCCACCCCACCGUGUGGCUCACCACAAUGAGCCUCGCUGUGUUCCUGAUCCACACAGACAGGAAGAAGGGAGUCCAGGCAUCCGGGGUGCUGUUUGGGUACUGGCUGCUCUGCCUUCUCUUGCCAGCUACCAGCGCCACCCAGCAGGCCUUGCGAGGGGACUUCCAGAGCGACCCCUUCCGCCACCUGUCAACCUACCUGUGCUUGUCUCUGGUGGUGGCACAGUUUGCGCUGGCCUGCCUCGCUGAUCGACCCCCCUUCUUCCAUAAAGACCCCCAGCAGUCUAAUCCAUGUCCAGAGGCUGGGGCCUCCUUCCCCUCCAAGGCCACGUUCUGGUGGGUUUCUGGGCUGGUCUGGAGGGGCUUCAAGAAGCCGCUGGGACUAAGAGACCUCUGGACGCUUGGGAGAGAAAACUCCUCGGGACAACUUGUUUCCCAGCUCGAGAGAGAAUGGACAAGGACCCGCAGCGCGGCCCGGCGGCACACCAAGGCAGUAGCGUCUCAAAGGAGAGGAGGCCGUGGCCUGGAGGACCCCGAGACGGAGCCCUUCCUGCAGCGAGAAGGGAGCCAGAGGGGCCCCCUGCUGAGGGCCAUCUGGCGGGUGUUCCGCCCCACCUUCCUCCUGGGGACCCUCAGCCUGAUCAUCAGUGACGUCUUCAGGUUCGCUGUCCCCAAGCUCCUCAGCCUUUUUCUGGAAUUUAUCGGCGACCCCCACACCCCGGCCUGGAAGGGCUUUCUCCUUGCGGCACUGAUGUUCCUCUCCGCCUGCCUGCAAACGCUGUUCGAGCAGCAGUGCAUGUACAGACUCAAGAUACUGCAGAUGAGGCUGCGAACGGCCCUCACUGGCCUGGUGUACAGAAAGGUCCUGGCUCUGUCCAGCGGCUCCAGAAAGGCCAGCGCGGUGGGGGACGUGGUGAACCUGGUGUCCGUGGACGUGCAGCGGCUGACGGAGAGCGUCAUCUACCUGAACGGGCUGUGGCUGCCGCUUGUCUGGAUCGUUGUCUGCUUUGUCUACCUGUGGCAGCUUCUAGGACCCGCUGCCCUCACUGCCAUUGCUGUCUUCCUGAGCCUCCUCCCUCUGAACUUCUUCAUCAGCAAGAAGAGGAACCACCAUCAGGCAGAGCAGAUGAGGCGGAAGGACUCCCGGGCACGGCUCACUAGCUGCAUCCUCAGGCAUGUGAGGACAGUCAAGUCUCACGGCUGGGAGGGCGCCUUCCUGGAGAGAGUCCUGCGCAUCCGGGGCCAGGAGCUGGGCGCCUUGAGGACCUCCAGCCUCCUCUUCUCCGUGUCUCUGGUGUCCUUCCAAGUGUCCACGUUUCUGGUCGCGCUGGUUGUGUUUGCUGUCCACACUCUGUUGGCCGAGGAGAAUGCCAUGGAUGCCGAGAAAGCUUUUGUGACCCUCACAGUGCUCACCAUCCUCAACAAGGCCCAGGCUUUCCUGCCCUUUUCCAUCCACUGCGUGGUCCAGGCGAAGGUGUCUUUUGACCGUCUGGCAGCCUUCCUCUGCCUGGAAGAAGUUGACGCGGAGGCCGUGGACUCAAGUCCCUCCAGAUGCUCGUCCGGAGAGACCUGCAUCCGCGUGCACGAUGGCACCUUUGCGUGGUCUCAGGAAGGCCCGCCCUGCCUGCACAGGAUAAACCUCACGGUGCCCCAGGGCUGUCUGCUGGCCGUGGUGGGUCCCGUGGGGGCAGGGAAGUCCUCCCUGCUCUCUGCCCUCCUCGGGGAACUGUCAAAGCUGGAGGGGUCUGUGAGCAUCAAGGGUCCCGUGGCUUACGUGCCCCAGGAGGCCUGGGUCCAGAACAUGUCCGUGGUGGAGACCGUGUGCUUCAGGCAGGAGCUGGACCCGCCGUGGCUGGAGAGAGUCCUGGAGGCCUGCGCACUGUGGCCGGAUGUGGGCAGCUUCCCUGCAGGGCUCCACACCCAAAUUGGGGAGCAGGGCAUGCAUCUCUCUGGAGGCCAGAAGCAGCGGCUGAGCCUGGCCCGGGCCGUGUACCGGAAGGCCGCUGUGUACCUGCUGGAUGACCCCCUGGCAGCCCUGGAUGCCCACGUGGGCCAGCACGUCUUUGACCAGGUCAUCGGGCCCAGUGGGCUGCUCCAGGGGACGACACGCAUCCUCGUGACCCACGCGCUCCACGUCCUGCCCGAGGCCGACUGGAUCGUGGUGCUGGAAGACGGUGCCAUUGCAGAGAUGGGUUCCUACCAGGAGCUUCUGCGCAGAAAGGGGGCCCUGGUGUGCCUUCUGGAUCGAGCCAGACACCCAGGAGCUGGAGGAGAAGGAGAAACAGAGCCUGUGAGCGGUGGUGAGCAUCCCAGAGGCUCCCCUGGAGGCAGGAGGCCUGUGGGUGGACCAGAGAGGUCCAGGAAGUUAGUCCCUGAGAAGGACAGCACCAGCUCAGAGGCCCAGACGUGGGUUCCCCCAGAUACCCCUGAGGGGACAGGACGGCCAACAGGAGAGGACAGCGUGCGGUAUGGCAGGGUGAAGGCCGCCAUGUACCUGACCUACCUCCGGGCCGUGGGCACCCCACUCUGCCUCUACGCGCUUUUCCUCUUCCUCUGCCAGCAAGUGGCCUCCUUCUGCCGCGGCUACUGGCUGAGCCUGUGGGCGGACGACCCCACGGUGGACGGGCGGCAGACGCAGACGGCCCUGCGGGGCUGGGUCUUCGGGCUGCUGGGCUGUCUCCAAGCCAUCGGGCUGUUUGCCUCCAUGGCCACAGUGCUCCUGGGGGGCAUCCGGGCAUCCAGGCUGCUCUUCCAGAGGCUCCUGUGGGACGUGGCGCGGUCACCCAUCGGCUUCUUUGAGCAGACACCUGUGGGGAACCUGCUGGCCCGCUUCUCCAAGGAGACAGACAUAGUGGAUGUGGACAUCCCAGACAAAUUCCGGUCCUUGCUGGUUUACGCCUUCGGACUCCUGGAGGUCAGCCUGGUGGUGACGGUAGCGACCCCGGCGGCUGUUCUGGUCCUCCUGCCCCUGCUGCUCCUCUACGCCGGGUUUCAGAGCCUGUACGUGGCCACCUCGUGCCAGCUCAGACGCCUGGAGACGACCAGGCACGCAUUCGUGUGUUCCCACGUGGCCGAGACGUUCCAGGGCAGCGCGGUGGUCAGGGCCUUCCGGGCCCAGGGCCCCUUUGUGGCUCAGAACGACGCACACGUGGAUGAGACCCAGAGGGUCAGUUUCCCGCAGCUGGUGGCGGACAGGUGGCUCGCUGCCAACAUGGAGCUCCUGGGCAACGGGCUCGUGUUUGCAGCCGCCACGUGCGCUGUGCUGAGCAAGGGCCAUCUCAGCGCCGGCCUCGUGGGCUUCUCUGUCUCCACCGCCCUCCAGGUGACCCAGACGCUGCAGUGGGCUGUUCGAAGCUGGACAGACCUGGAGAACAGCAUCGUGUCGGUGGAGCGCAUGAAGGACUACGUCCGGACGCCCAAGGAGGCCCCCUGGAGGCUGCCGUCCUGCACCGCCCGGCCACCCUGGCCUCACGGCGGACAGAUCGAGUUCCGGAACUUUGGGCUGAGACAUCGACCUGAGCUCCCGCUGGCCGUGCGGGGCGUGUCCUUCAAGAUCCACGCGGGAGAGAAGGUGGGCAUCGUUGGCAGGACAGGGGCUGGAAAGUCCUCCCUGGCUGGGGGCCUGCUGCGGCUGGUGGAGGCAGCUGAGGGCGGGAUCUGGAUCGACGGGGUCCCCAUCACCUGCGUGGGGCUGCACACACUGCGGUCCAAGAUCACCAUCAUCCCCCAGGACCCCAUCCUGUUCCCCGGCUCUCUGCGGAUGAACCUCGACAUGCUGCACGAGCACACAGACGAAGCCAUCUGGGCCACCUUGGAGACGGUGCAGCUCCGAGCCUUGGUGGCCAGCCUGCCCGGCCAGCUGCAGUACGAGUGUGCGGACCAAGGCGACGACCUGAGUGUGGGCCAGAAACAGCUCCUGUGUCUGGCGCGCACCCUUCUCCGGAAAACCCAGAUCCUCAUUCUGGACGAGGCCACGGCCGCCGUGGACCCAGGGACGGAGCUCCAGAUGCAGGCGGCCCUGGGGAGCUGGUUUGCCCAGUGCACGGUACUGCUCAUCGCCCACCGCCUGCGCUCGGUCAUGGACUGCACCAGGGUGCUGGUCAUGGACAACGGGCAGGUGGCAGAGAGUGGCAGCCCAGCCCAGCUGCUGGCCCAGAAGGGCCUGUUUUACAGGCUGGCGCAGGAGUCAGGCCUGGUCUGAGCUGCGCUCCUCAACCCUCCUCCCACUGUGCCAACCUGGAGAGACUGCUCUGGAGAUGCGUGUGACUCGGGGGUCACCGGUGGCCCCACAGAGUCGAGUCUAGACCCCUCUCUGCUCUUUGGGAGGAAAAUAGCAGAGGAAGUGGCCAAGGAUCACAGAGCGAGGAGGACACAGCCACCCCCAGGUCGGCCUGACCAGACCUCAUCCAGCCCCGUCCACCCUGGAGCCAGAGUCGACAGCGGCUCUCAGCCCUGGCUGCCCACUGGGCUCACCUGGGGACCUCAGAGUCCUGCCAGUGCACAGGCUCCACCCCAGACGGAGGAAAUCAGAACCGCUGGGGCCGGGGCAGUGGUGUGUGUACUUUUCACAAAUGAACCCUUUUCCUUUGAGAUGAUUGUGGACUGACUAGCAGUUGUAAGAAAUAAUCCAGAGAGUUCCUGUGUACCCUUUAUCCGCUUCCCCCAAGAGGAACACCUUGAAAAAUGAUCGUACAGUAAUAACCAGGAUAUUGACACGGGUGCAACCCACCGACCUUG